CCUCUAUCCAUCCAUCCACCUAUCCGUCUAUCCAUCCCUCUAUCUAUCCAUCUAUCCAUUCAUCUAUCCUUAUAUCCAUCCAUCCGUCUAUCCAUCUAUCCAUCCAUCUAUCCAUCCAUCCAUCCAUCUAUCCAUCCAUCCAUCCACCUAUCCAUCCAUCCGUCCAUCCAUCUAUCCAUCCAUCUAUCCAGCAGCACUCACUCCUCUACACAGAGUGCACGAGCGCGCUUGCUUUCUUGCUUGUUGCUAGGAAACCGUUUUAACUCAAUACACAGAAGGUAGAUAGACAUCAGCUGGAACCAAACGGCCAUUUCACAUAAACUAACCCGACAGCUUUCCGACCUCACUGUCACCCCACAAUAAACUGAAAUAACAGACUGAUUACGCUUACAGUCAUUAAUCAUCAUCCCGUGUCUGAGCUAGGACUUAACCGGAUCUUGUGCCAUGCCUGACAUUGAAGUGCUAAAACGUCCUUCAAGAGAAAGCGGAGACUGUUUGCAAGGUAAGAUAUUAGAUCGAGGGGAACUGCAGAGAGUGUACUCCGGCCAAACAUGCGCGCUAACGAACACUCCAACACCAUGCGUGGGUAAAGCAAUGUGCCACAUCCAGGAACUAACGGACAAACUGGACCACUGGGCCCGACAGGCAGCUACUAAACAGCUUGAUAUUUCUGAAGGAAGAACUAAAAACGCCGACAUCUCAAGGUUUGAUUCGUCCCUUUUGAAGACUCACCCCGAGCUGCGUAUUGAAGGCGUGGGGCUUUGUUAUGAAAACGAAACGUCGUACCCCUUCUGGAAGGGGACAGGUGGUGUUCUGCUGGAAGUGGUGUCACUUAUCAAGCGCCUGGAGUCAGAUCGGCAAGAGGCCAAGGAGGCGCUGCAAGAGGAACGACAUAAAGCACAGCGCCUGAGAAGAAAACAGGACAGUCUCUCUCUAUGGAAACAACAAGAGUUUCCCGUAGCGGUGCAGCUAGAAUACGACGCUUGCACCAGAGACAUCGCCGAGCUGAGGUGGCAUCUUCGCGUAAACGGCGAUCGAACGCGGCAAGUCCGAAACACCCUGAAGCAGGCCGAGACGCAGAAUCAUCGACUGCUCGAGAAGAUCGAGUUUGUAAAGACCCAGGGCCCGCUCCUCAAAGAGAAGAUGCACUUGGAACACAGGAACACGAAGCGGAUAGAAUCGGCUCGGACGGAGGCUAGCAAGGUUCUCGCAGAGUUGUCCCAUGAGCUGAGAGAUUCCCAGCAGGAGUUGGAGAAUGAUGAACUUCAGAUAAAUAACGAAAGGGGCGCCAUAAGACAGACACUCGAAGACGUCCACGCUCAGCUUCAAGAGCGGAUCACCGAACUCCAGCAGCUUCGGUCUUCCUGGGAUGACUCGUGUGCCAGAAUCCGCGAGACUGAGGAGAAGGUCGUGUUUAACGAUAAACAGGUUGACGCCAUGCUCCAGCAGAUCCCCGUUCUAGAAACACAAGAGACCGAAAUGAGCUAUGCCGUCAAGCAACUAAAAGCAGAGCUACAAAGUCAUGAAAGAAAACUGGCGGAAAAACGAGAUGACUUUACAAGCUUUCUGAAGCAGAUCCAAGCAACUAGGCAUGAAGGAGAAGCAAAUGUCUGCGAGUCUGAGCAGGUCUUCAGCAGGAAGCGUCAGGAGCUCCUGCGCCUGCGUGAUAAAAAUAAAGAACACGAAAUAGAAGCCGAGGACUACAAUAAGAAGAUCCGUCAAAGCAAGCAGGCAGUGCAGCAACUGCAAAAGAACCAAAAGCAGAUACAAGAGAAGAUCAGUCAAAAUGAGGAACAGAGGGAUCAGGCCAAGGGUGAGCUGGCACUGCACACCGCCCACCACACUAACGCCAAGGCUCGGCUGCAGGACCUGAAGCAGCAGACACUCGUGCAGGAGCAGAGAAUGAGGAAAGAGACCGAAACAUUGAAGAUGCAGCUGAUGAGUGAGAUGACGCUGUUAGCAGUCCUCAAGGGUAACAUCGCGUCAAUCAAAAAGGAAUAUAAAGUGAUAGAAGCCGAUUGUGAGCGAGAGAAAGAUGAGGUAGCGAAAGAGCACGAAGAAGCCUCGAUUGCAGUCGCCCAACUGGAGACAGAGCUGGUUAAACUACGAGAAACACACACAGCCAAAUCUAAAAAAAUCGAGGACUUGAAAAGGAAACUGAGCGACGUCCUGACUGCACACAAAACCCUGUCUGAUGACCUUGAGCAGCAGAAGCGUGCCUGUCUCGACCGUCUGCAUUCAUCUAAAGAAGCCCGUACGGCAGUCCUGGUGAGACGUGAACAGGUUUCCAGAAGGCUCGAUGAGCUCAGGCUAAAGUGUGAAGAAUACAGAACGGAAUCGGUGGUGAUGGAGGACACGGUUACUGCCAUUCCGCAAGUCCUGGAAGAACUACAGAGUGAAUCUGACAUGGUGGAGUAUAAGCACAACCUGAUCAGCACCGUGAUGUCCAGCCUGCAGAGCGACACGGUGGCCUGCAGAAACAGGACCGACCUUUCAAAUGAGGCUCACUCGACCCUCCUUUCCCAACGGCAGGCUGUGAUGCAAGACCUGAAGGCUAAUUUGAGGAAAGCUCUAAAAGAGAACGCCGAGCUGGCGCAGGAAUACGGGGAGCUGCAGAACGCCGUGAUGGUUGCCAAGCGAGAAGCCGUGCUCGCGUCGAGUGAGAAAAACAGAGCCGAGGCCUCGUUUCACGAUCACACCCAGCUUUCAUUGUUGCAGAGGAGGAUGCACAAAGCCAUGCUGAAAUACUUCAAACACCGCAGCGUCUACAGCCAAGCAGAGCUGGCCCGCUUCCAGGCCCUCUCCAACCAGAACAAGCAGAAAAUGAAAGCCCUCCAGGAGGACUUGUCCAGAGCAAUCCAGCGCGUCUCGGCCUUCCUGACGGACGCCGGCCACGACGCCACGGCGGACAAACAGGGGCGCGUGGACCUCGAUGGACUUAACCGGCCGAUGCCUACGGUGCAGAUAGCAGAGUAAUUGGACGCUCACCUUUGUGCCAGACGACUCACUUAAAACCCUCUCGGAGCGUGCUUCACUCUCUCCACCCUCGCUGCUCCUCACAGCCCAAUCCAUAACAAUGAAACAGGUGACUUUCAUGCUGCUGUCAGGAAUGAUCUAAUUUUAGCUGGGUGAAUGAUUGCAAUUGGCUUUGCCUCAUCAGAUAAUUAAUCUAUGUCACCAUUAAUUGGAAAAGAGAAUAAUUACAGGGCUGUGUUGACAGAAAUUCUACGCUUCUCCACAUUCCCGGAUCUAAUUACACCUACUAAAACCCUCCUGACCUUAUCCCCGUGGUUAGUAUACCUGCGUAGUCUUAACCGGCGCACGGCCGAAGUAUACGCUUCCUGCCUCACCCUGAAUCUCUCUCUCUCUCUCUCUCUCUCUUUCUCUCUCUCACUCUUUUUGUUGUUUAUUCCCCUUUUUUUUUCCCUGUCUCCCCCCCGAACGUCUUCCCGCCCGCAGAACUGUCUCUCUCAAUCACUUUUCAAUAUUCAAUCUUAAUUUUGUGGAAGUUUAGCAUUUUCAAUGAGCUGGAGAUGAAUGAUUAAUGAAUAAAUUUAAAUGCUUCAUUUUGUCCAUGGAUCAUUAGUCAAGUCCUUUGUGGGAAGGACCUGCGAAAAAAAAAAAAAAAAAAAAAAAAAGAGUGAGAGAGAGAGAGAGAGAGAGAAAAGGAAAAUUAUUGAGACAUUAGCCUGAAGCGAUCCAGGGGUAAAUAGUAUGCACAGAAGGAUGUUGUGUGAGCACUACCCACUGGCGUUCCUCAGAACCCCAUGAAAACACUCGUGUUCCUAUUUUCUCUCAUCACAUGACUGACGCGCGCCAGUGACGAAUUCAUUUCGGGAUGCGUUUCUCGUUUCGGUUCUGCCGUGAACUCCUAUAUAUUUAUAUAUAAUAACGUGCAUUAUUACAGCAGGUUUGGUGCCUUUUGGAUUCUCCAGCGCUGUAACAGAUAAGAAAAACAGAAACUACUUCAGGAAUUGAACUGGAUUUCUCACUGUAAACGAUUAUGUAAGGAAAUGAAUCAACAAUGGCGUCAUGUGGCGCAACCCGAGGAGAAGCGGACUCGCUGUUACCACUGUGAAGUUAUAAGAAUAGUUGUUUUCCUAUUACAGCAUGUCCUGACGUGUUAUAUUCCUUUCAUAACACAGCAAUUUCCUAAUAAUAGUAAUAUAUAUUUUUAUUCAUUAAAGAACACUGUCAUUUUUAUACAUUUCUAGUUACACGUAAGGUUUAAAACAGUCCCUGGCCCUAUCCUGAAGACAUCCCGGGUCAGAAAAUGUCAAAUUAGAAAUUAGAAAGCGCCGACACUGUAGACUCCUUCCACGUCCAUGACAACUUGACUUCGCAUGGAAUCGUUACUGCAGAAACGAUGGCGUCCGUAUAACCCAGCGAUCUGCAUUACAGCCAAACCUUCCGACCAAUCAGAAGCGAGAAUGCAACACCGCAGUGCUAUAAUAGCUAAACCGACUUCCUGGAUUCCUGACAGCCGUAUAUGAAGCUAUGCGUGCGUCAGUGACGCUCCGUUGCAUCGCCGGCUGUCAGAACGCAAGGCUCUCUGAAAUCUCGCUCCGGAGAGUUGUUAAUGAAACAAUCAAGCCAAAGCACAGGCCACUGAUGAGUAAUACAACACGCAGCCGUGUAUCCGUGGUACCGUACGUGCGACGGUUCGACCGACAGGAUCUCGGGACCGCAUCGCGUCGGAACAACGCUCCUUGCGUUUUACUCUUUAAGCUUUUCGUUACGGCGUCUCCGUUUUUUUUGUGUGUGUUUUUUUUUGUUGUUGUGCAGCGAGAGCUGGCGUUCCCUCUCUGGAUGUGCCAGGGUCACGUUUUUUUUUGAAGGAUGGAAUGUCUCUCUGCUAUCUCUUCCAGUUUGGGCAGCCAUAUUUUAAAUUAGCACACUUCCCAAACACAUUCAUCUGCGCCCUCUAUCCUGCUAAUCAAUCCUGCGAAAUAAAUGGCACCGAACCUGGAACGUCAUAGUGUCAUUAAUUUCUCUGGAAACAUGCAUCAAAUGCAUCUGUCGCCGUUCCCGCGCCGCUCUGACGUUCCACAGACGCACGGUUAUGCACACACGUGCGCUUUAUGAAACGCACGACGCAGUCUUAGUAUUCGAUAGUGCGUUACAGGUCAACAGCGUCAUAUAGCAUUCGUAGACACGGUGAGCUGGGCGCUACAGGAAAUAUUCGUAUUCAUGUUUCCUGAGAAAACGCAAAAUUGUGCGCAGACUAAAAUUCCUCCUGUUUCUGCGAUAUUAAGUCGUUUCAGAACAGGAGGAGGUUUUUGGAUACAGUUAGCAGAGUGACACCAGAAGUCAGAGGUAAUGGCCUUUUUAAGAGAUAUCAUAUUUAGUUAACACCUUUGUGCCUUGGUGGAUUAAUGCCCCUGUUUACACCUGUGAAUCUGAUAUUGAUAC